GUACGGAGUCUGGCAACAGUUGCCGUAGGAAUAAACGCCAUAGACACCGUAGCUGUGACGACUGUUGACCCGCCAACAAGACUAAGCUCACGAAGAAGACCGUCGCUUUAUGGCUGAUCAGACCUAUGUCUCGGAAAUGCAGGCAAUUAGCGCUAAUACAGUACAGCAAUGGGUUGGGCAUGAGACUACCAGUCAGUCGACUCCACAAACGACGACGCAAGUAGUCCAGAAAUCCUCCAACCAAUCACAGACUGCAACGAUCAUACAGUCGGCACAUUCAGGGCAGCAGUUCAUUGUUACCACAACAGUGCCUCCAGAAAAUGAACAGAGUCAAGACACUGUGACCCUGCAGGCUGCUGGCCAGACAGCUGUAUACCCAACUCAUGUACAGUAUGUAGAAAGCCCAGAUUCUACCCUAUAUGCAGCGACAAAUGGACAAAUGCAAAACUAUCCAGAAUACAGUCAGACAACAAUGUACACUCCUGUGGGUAGUACGUACUAUCAGACGUCUGGGACCCAGGUAAGGAGGGACAAAGUCAAUGAAAACAAUGGUGUCAAUGCCUGGAAUGAUAUGAGUUCCACAGUCACCCCCAUUGGCAGUGUGCAAGGCCUCCAACAACAGAUCCUGACUCAUUCAGGAGGCACAUACUUAGUCCAAGGGGGUACUAUGGAUGGUGAGGGACACCCCCUGACACACACCACACGAGCAUCGCCUGCGACAGUUCAGUGGUUAAUUGAUAAUUACGAAAAUGCUGAAGGAGUGAGUCUGCCCCGAAGUACCUUGUAUAACCAUUAUCUGCGACACUGUCAUGAACAAAAAAUGGACCCAAUGAACCCAGCAUCAUUUGGAAAACUUAUACGCUCAGUAUUUCUUGGCCUACGGACAAGGAGAUUAGGCACAAGGGGUAAUUCCAAGUAUCAUUAUUACGGCAUCCGAAUCAAGGCAACAUCACCACUGAAUCAGUUUACUGAUGAUCAGACUAUGGCCAUGAGGCAGCAGCCAAUCAGUCAAGGCAAAAGGUUCAAACAAGCCAAUUGUAAAAUGGAGGGCUCGGACGGUACAGAGAGUUCAACGACCUCGACAACUGGGUCACAUGAUUCCACGUCGUCACAGCAGCAGCAUCAACAGUUCCUGGGCGAUGCAUCGGGAGCACUGCCAAACUUCUCUGAGAUUGAGCCGUGUAAUCCACUCCCCGAUGGCAUCUCGAAGAACGACCUGAAACUGUUGGAACAAAUGUACAAGGAUCAUUGUGAGGCUAUGUUAGAUGUUGUCGUGAAUCUCCAGUUCACCCUCAUUGAAAAUUUGUGGAGAACAUUUUGGAGGAAUCCAGAGGAGCCCAAUCACAAUGAUGCGGCCAUGGAGAAGCGACUAACGAAAGACAAGCUGUUCGCCAUGUGUAAAUAUGAACCAGUGCAGAAGUUCAUCAAGAAAUCUGACUAUGCUUUCUAUCAGUCACUGGUGGAGGUGCUCAUUCCAGAUGUUCUCCGACCUAUUCCAAGUUCUCUCACACAAGCCAUCCGUAAUUUUGCUAAAAGUCUAGAAGCCUGGUUGAAGAAUGCCAUGGAAGACUGUCCAGAGGAAAUGUACAAAACAAAGCUCGGGGCAGUGACAGCAUUCGCUCAGACGCUGAGGCGCUACACGUCAUUGAACCACUUGGCACAGGCUGCACGUGCAGUUCUACAGAACACGUCCCAGAUCAAUCAGAUGUUGACUGAUCUGAAUAGAGUAGACUUUGGAAAUGUACAGGAACAAGCCUCUUGGGUAUGUCAGUGCGACGAUGGCAUUGUGACGAGACUAGAACAAGACUUCAAAAAAACACUCCAGCAGCAGAACUCCUUGGAACAGUGGGCUGUGUGGCUUGAGGGAGUUGUCAAUCAGGUCCUUAAACCACACGAAGGCAGUGCCACAUUUGCCAAGGCAGCUAGACAAUUUCUGCUGAAGUGGUCAUUUUAUAGUUCGAUGGUGAUCCGUGACCUGACCCUCCGAAGCGCUGCCAGUUUUGGAUCCUUCCAUCUGAUCCGGCUCCUUUACGACGAGUACAUGUUUUACCUGGUGGAACACAAAGUAGCGGCAGCAACUGGAGAUACACCCAUUGCAGUUAUGGGCGAAGUAAGACAGUGCAUUGACUUCAGCACUCUCCUGACUAUUGGUAGCAUCGAUAAAGUCAGUCCGCAGCCAAACACGCGCACUAUCACAUUGACCGGGGCUCAGGCUCUCGCCACCAGCCACAUGACCAAUGCGAGUGCCGCUGUUACUUCCACUAGCAAUGCCUUCCCAAUGACGCUGACCACCCAAGGUUCCUUAGGAUCCAAUCCCGGCACUGCCACUGUCACUGUCGUAGCCACAGGGGCCAGCACUCCAGGAACAAAGACAAUAGUCGUGGUGCCUGUUUCUGCAACAGACCUCCACGCCAACAAGAAGUUGAAGACAACUUAGUGUUCCAAGUUGAAAACAACUUGAUUUCCAAAGUUGUUUCAUGAAUGUUCUUUACUUGGAGAAUUUGUACAUGUUGUGUCUUUGCAUGAUAACGUUCCUAUGGACUUGUUGAAUAUCUUUAUAAGGGAAGAACUUGCAGUUUGUAUGGCAGGUAACAGACUAGGAAAGUGCCAUAUCUAGAUGUAUUUGUGACCGUUUGAUUUUGGAGGGAAAGUACUGCCAUCCAUGCAAAGACACAAUUUGUGUAAAACCUUACUGCAUCCCUUUCGAUGCCGGUAUCUUUUAAAAAGUCUUUUUCUUUACUGAUUCAUCAAUUUGAUGGAUAUUUGUAGGCUGUCAAUCAAAUUAUUUGAAGUAGUUUGACAAAAUGUUGUGUUUUGAAGAGAAAUGAAGGAAAUUGUUUUCUUCUCCGUAGCAGAUUUCAGUUCUUCUUGCUUGUUAGCAAAAUAAUUGUCGCAAGUGCGCAAGUUUUUAUUUUUUGAAGAGAAAAAAAUAGUGAAUCAUUUGAGACUAGAAUUAUAGAUAAGAUUAAAUUGAUUGCUAGGGAAUGCAAAGUUACUCGGCAAACAUGACCAGGUUUGUUUUGAUGCAUUGGCAUUUGUCUGACGUUUUAUAGAGGUUAGUAAAAGAAGCAAAGAUUGUCCGGUAGCAUGUCAAAAUUAGAUAUUGUUUUCAUAAGUGCCGAGUGUUUAUAAAAACAUGGCUCUGCUGCAGGCGCAAAUAACUUUUAUAUAAAAUGAUUGGCAUACUGAAAGAGUAGCAUCAUAAACUAGCUCUGGGAAUUUGUUUCAUGUCUACCAUAACACAAUCCAUCGUUGUUAUUUCCGAAUAGACAACUGAAAAUAAGUUAACAUGCAUGUAUUUCAAUGAGACAGUUCCGGUUAUUAAGUCAUGUUUUUGUAAACACCCUGAAUAAAACAAGAUACUUUCAUGUGGCAUUGGAAGGGUUACAGUUGACCUUAUUGUUGAUUUCAGUGAUGGUUUUACACAUUCCGCCUACUCAGGUCUUUCAUGAGCUAUCAAUCCCACCUUGCACCACUACCACAAUUUAUAUUCAGUUCAUUUAUAUAGUCUGUAAAAAUAAUGCUCACCAAGUAAAUGAAUUUGCCAGUGCUUCUUUAUAUUUCGUGAACACAAAAGACAUCGCAACUUUGGUACCUCUUGAAGUCUGUAAAUACUUCUGUAUAGUACUGUACAUAAUCUUUUCUGGCUGAUGUCUCUUCUAUUCUGCACUUCUAUCUAGUCUUCCCCUCAUUAUUGUACUUUAGUUUCGUUUGGCCAUGAUCAAAUGCAUGUUCUCAUUUCUGUGGGAUCAUCACAGUGACAACAUCACUGAGUUAGAUAUCUGAGUUUCAUCAAAAGUUUUGUACUCUCUCAAAUUUUCAGUUUGCUACAAUUUGUCAGUGUAGAUAAUUGAAGAACAAAAGUAUGUGUUUAUUUUUCAAAUCACAUAUGUCGAUACUGAAUAACAAUGGUGGCUUAUGUUAUGGGGCUGACUCAGAAUUCAUAUGAUGCCCAAAUGAAAAGGUAUUUACACUGGAUUUGAUCAUGAAAUGAACUUAAAUGGUUAAAAUGAAAAUGGGGUACUUCACCUCACAGUGUCGACAUUUUGGCAUCACAUAUUUGUGAGAUGGUCACUUAGCUGCUGAGGUUAUUUGUAAAGAUGUGAAGUUUGGCACAUCCUGAUGUGAGGGACCGUGUCGCACCAUCAACUCAUUUAUCAGUUGUCGGGGCUUCAGAUAAAACCUUCAAAAGAACAGCUAUCAAUGUUUUCAAGAAUAUAUUCAUCUACAUGUAUAUUCGAUGGUAAAAAUUGACACAAUGAAAUGGCCUCUAACAUAUUUUUGGAGGUAUGAAUGGGUAUGAUUGUUAUAGUCUUUUUGGGAUUAAAUCAUUCCUUACUCUGGUUAUCUAAAGCCCUGGUGCUGCCAUGAAUGUGAAGAAAAUUAUCUUCUAGAAGGGUCUGUUAGUAAGACCUUGGUGAGGGAGACUAGGACUCGUUCUCAUUUGAAGGUUGGGGCAAAUGAUCAUUCAGCCAGCAAUAAUCUCUCGGAACUCUUUCUUUCUUUUGUGUCGAGUUUUGGAGACAUUUAGUUCGCUGGACUGAAUGACACUUGCGUGUUUACCAGAUGUGCUCUUGUUAAUGAAAUCUGUUUCACUUCAAUCUUAUCUCAGACUCGUAGCCUCCCCUCUCCCCAAACAACCCACCAACACAACUCUGUUGUACAACAUUCUAUUCAGGAGCAUAAUCAUUUGUGUGGGCCUUGAGUUUUGAAGUGAAAUGGAUUGGGGUACAUGUAAGUGAAAGAGCAAUGUUGGUAUUCCAAAAUACUCCCCUAGGCCAGCAGUUGACGACCUUGUGGAUUGAUAAACAACUGGAAGAGUAAAAAUGACUUGUGAGUUAUAACUCUUCUGCUUUGGUUGGUAGGUUUUUUGAGAGCAUCUCGCCUCCACAAUUCUGCAGUUGGAGUGUUUGUACUGUUCCCUUGAUGAGAAAGUCAAUGAGUAGCCUGAGGAAGUAUCUCUUGGAGACCAUAUUUGCAAGUUGUUGAGCUUACUGGGGACCAUUAUACUGCUGUCAUUUUAAAAUGGGAUUUUUUUUCCAAAUCUUGUGAUUUUGUGCCUAUGAUCUGUCGUUGUUACUGGCAACUGUCGUGAAGGAGGAAUUUCUGAAAUUAUUUUGUGAGGAACCAUGCCUUAAAAUUAAUGAAUAAUUGUUAUUUGGAACAAAUAUGCUCAUGAAGUUGUAAACAUUUUAAAAUUUAAACAUGACUUAGUUCUCUUCAUUACAUCAAGAGUGGCAAUAUUAUUGCAUUAUUUGCCUGUUUCUAGUUAUUUUCUGGUUAAAAGAUUGUCUUAGCUGAUGAACUAUUUGGCUGAGAAUAGUCUUUAUAAAAAAUAGAAGAGAUAAGAUGCAUUUAUUUUCAUAAAGUAUCUGUCGGAAGUAAUCGCAAGCCAUGACAAGACAGACUGUAAAGAUUGUAAAUACUGAACUAUUUUAUUGAUACUUAGUGAUGUCUUCGAAGUAGAGUUCAUUCUCAAGGAUAGUUGUACAUUGCAUUUUAUUUAUUCAUCUUCUCACGGUUCGUAAAAAACUUUGAAUGGUAUACAGAGUACUUUGUAAAUUUGAUGCCCAAGAUCUAUAUUUAUGUAUUUGUAAAGUCAGUAGUGAUGUCAUAGGUGAAAAUUGUAAGUUGUAAGUUUGUGAAAGGAGUCUCUUGUGCAUACAAAUUUUUCACGAAAUGCUCUGCAUGGCCUAGUUGUGUUGUCAUCCGGUCAGAUGAAUUUGUCAUUUUUUUUAUCAAUUAAUCAUUCCGUAUUUGACCUACUGUGAAGAGUUUUUAUUGGCAGGUUAUCUUAUGGUUGAACAUAUUCCUACAAUGUUUAUAGAUGGAUCAUUAUAAUUCUUUAGAAAGCUUGUACCCUUUAGCAACAAGACAGCCAGGAAGUCUGUCAUAGUAACUUUUCAGAUUGGUGCCAAAUCUACUCUCUAGGUGGCAUGACAAAAUGAGUAGAUCGGUCAUGCCUACCAUUUUGAAACGAUGAAUGCAUGUAGUGUUGAUUGGUCAAGAGAAGUUAAUAAUUGUGGGCAUGACCAAUCUGCUCAUUCCCUCUUGCAUGUUGUGAGUAGAUAGGUUACCGGCAAAGGUCACUUCAGUUCAUUUCAGUUAUAAUUCAGUGAAAAAGUGGUGAAUGAACUACAGUUGGUGGGACUAUUUGGUUCUAUAUAUGUACAUGUAUAUGCUUCCUUUUCUUCCGUCCUUUUCUAGGUUGGCUGGGCUUGAUCUGAACCAAAACUUGCUCAAUUAAACAAGUCGACUCUUUCAUGACUCAUGCCUCUCUGGAGAGAAAUGACUUAUUUCUUCAGAUAUUCUCACUCCAUUUGGCGUGAAAGUGUUGACUGAAGGUGCCAUGUAACCAUGGUUUUGACCACUUUUGAUACAUAAUUAACAUUCAAUCUCGAGGGCUUUUCUGUUUUUGUACUCUUGUCUCUUCUACGGUAAAAUGGGGACAGCUGUCCCUUUCAUUGUGUUCUAUUCACAGUUCUUGGGGGUGUGAGCAGAGAACCAUGGCAGGGGGCUAGCUGUCCCCAUUUACUUUAUCUUCUGAUUUGGAUGAGAAAUAAAUGACUGAUUUCAUGGCUGUCUGCCUGUUGCUGAAGGGUAUUUGAAAUGAAUUAAUUCUUAUGAAUUAUAUGAUAUUCAUUUUAGAAUUUAAACCAGUUUAAGUGGGAAAAGAAAAACAUUUGACAUGAAUUACUUUUACUUGCGAAUUUUCCCCAUAGUGGCUGUAACUUAUGCUGGAAAUCGCAUAACAUGGUCUUGGUGAAAUAUUUUUGCAUUAAGGUAAAUUCCAUGAUAAUAUUUGUUGCAUGUUCGUACUCUAUCCAAUUUGUCAAAAGAUGGAACUACCAGUUGUUUAGCAGAUUUUCAAAUGCUUCUUUCCGGAUUUGAGAUGUUAACUUUGGGGAUGGAAAAUCUUGACAUUUUAACCAUCUGUUCUCUUCCACUGACGUCGUCAAUCUGUGAAUGAAAACGAGCAUAAAACCUAGGAAGAAUCUUCGUACCCAUCUACUGUUAUCAGCCAAAUUUUUGUGGGCGUUUCUACCUAAAAAAAAACCACGAGAAGCAACGCAAAAAUAAAAAGGCACAAACAUUUUGAGGUUGACAGUACUCAAGCUUGUUUAGCUUAAAAGGUAUUGAAUUUUGAAGAAGUUUUAUAAGUCCGGAAAAUAGCAGAGCGGUGAAGUAUUCACUGUCACUGUUAAUUCUUUGUGGUGUAUGUGCAUGACACACACAUGUACAAGUGCUAUAUUGUCUUUGUGGGACCAGAUCUUGUAUUCGUGACAUAUGUUACUUUCCUAUAUAUUUUCUGCAGUCUUUACCAAACAGGUGUCAAGAGUUUCUUGCACAAGUUAACAGCCCUGGAGGUCACAGCAUUGUAAACUAGGUCUGUGGAGUAAAACACUUGGUUAGGAUACAUUCUUAUAGGAAGUUAUGCUGUGCUCAUGCAUUGUGAAAAGGUCUCCCUGCUCGUUACGUGCACACUUAUAAAGUUUUGUCUUCAAAAGGAGAAGUAGUUCUAAUUCUAACACGAUUAUGAUAUUAAUCGGUCAUUCCUUUCAAAAACAAUGAAAUAAUAAUGAAGGGAUCAUGAACUCUCAAGUCUGUAUAGUGUUUACAGUUGCAUGUAAAGCUCGGUGAUAAUUUGAACAAUAUUGGCUUAUGAAACAUUCUAUUCUAACCCUGGAGGUAAUAUGCUAUAGAGAGAUUGCAAGAUCAUUGCUUGAGCAGGACAGGCUUGUGCUGACUUUGAACAUUGAUUUGUGAUGAGCCACAGGGCAGCACUAGUUUACCUUUUAGUGUGUACGUAAGAAGCAGGGAUUAAUACCUUAAGGAUAAGUGUCGCAAGAUAAUGACAGAACAGUAAUAAUGAAGUUUACAUAGUUCCUGUGACGAUGAUGGUCGUAUGGGAUGCAUCUACAAACCAUUUGACGAUACUCGGGGUUGUUCAUGUAUAAACAAACUCUGUAAUUAUGAUAAGUGUCGACGUGGCAUUAUCUCGAGGCACUUCUCCUUUGACCAGUGUAGUUAUGAAGACAUUGACAAUGUCUCUCACUUGCAUUUAUAGGCUGUUAUGGUAAUAGUCAGUGUUGUAAGCAGUGCAUUGUAGAUUAGGUUAUCUUGUGUAAUUCAGUACAUUCUCUACACAUCCAUAAACAUUCACACCCGCCUCUCACUCUCUGUCGCGAUAAGUCUGUGGGCAGCUAAACUCGGUUAAGAGGAAGUCGUUAAAAGAAAAUGAUUCUGAUCAAUAACUCACUGAGAAUUCAAAGUGUUCCGGUGGAGCUUUUGAGAAAAAAAAUCUGUUGUAAUGAAUUUGAAUAUGUCACACUUAACCCCUUUGUUCUUGCUGGAUGAACCGUUUCACCCCCAUUUCCCUUUAUAGACUCUUCCAGUUUAGUCUAUCAAGAAAAGUGGAGGUAUGAUAGUCUAGUUUUGUGAAGCAAUGACAAGUUAUUGUUUCUGAUGACAGGAUUUGAUCAUCAUUUUCUGUCAUUAGAGACUCCUCACUGGACUGUCCAUUGCUUCAGGCCUACAGACAUUAUUAUAUUCACGUCACUCCAUGUGCAGUUGGUAGACAUUUGUCUCUUGAGGACUUUGAUAGAUGCUACACUCGUAAAAUAAAGUGAAAAAUGAAGCAGCAGUUCCUUUCUGAAAGUACAUUUUUAAACUGCAAUGAAAUGGAGCUUCUUGUUAAAAUAUUGCCAAAAUUUGAUAAGUUGCAAUGUCCGCAAGGUUGUGAUGCUGGAUUCUAUUCGGGUAGCAAUGUACGAUUAUUUUAUCAAAUCAUUGGAAAGUGCUGCCUACCAGCUAUUGGUGUCGCGAACCAAGAUACCUAAACAGAAAUAAUGUGAAUGCUGUCAUCUUCUGAUGAGGCAUUUUUGGGUCAGGUUAAACCUUUGAUGGUGAGGUUGAAUCAAAACUGAAUAUUUAAAAAGCAAAAUGGGUUUCUUCUACUGUGCUAUGAAAGUCUCCUAUGAAGUCUAAAGUGCCAAUGCAUGCCAUAGCGUUUACCAACAUUAUUACAGUGUAGUGUCAUUUGCUAUAUAGCCGUACAUUUUUCAGCAAAUAUUGCUUCACCGAAAAGAAAUGUCCUGAUAUUAGAGUAGAGUUGAGCUGAUAUCAUCAGGCUAUCUCUGUCGGCCAGAGUACUGGCAAAAACCCUAGUGCAUGGAUGAAGUAUCUACUCGAGGCAUAUUCCCUGUUGCUAAUGAUAAAGAACUCUAAAAUAUUAUCAAGAAAGAGGCUGACUAAUCUCUUCUGGUCCUGAUAUUGAAUACAUGUAAUUCAUAUCCAAAUGUGGCACGGAUUUCAACUCCUGUGACUUGCAUGCUUUAUGGUACAACUGUGCAAACUUCUUAUUCAUUUCCAUCCAGUUUGUGCUGUGGUGUUUUGUAUGAAUUGUAGGUUUUGGUGGAGUUAAGAUAUGUGAAAGUCUUGGUGAUCUUUGAACUGAUCCAACUCUUCAGCUAUCUGCAUCUCCGCUUGUAAACUACAGGGUCGUCUUCACCACAGCUGAAGUUUAGGUGGGGUCUUACAACACUUGUUGCCUACAGUACCUACCUUUCUAUGCAUUUAAUAAAUAUGAUGUUAUAAAGUGGACAUGUUCAAAGCUAUUUUGAUGAAUCAAAUGUGUAUUUACAUACCUAGAAGGCUAUGUAGUUCUUAUGUAACUUAGGCUGUUCAUUGUGCAAGAUGUGUAUAUUGUAAAAGAAAAUCAAUAAACCUUUUUCC